AUGGAAGCAGCGACCAAGACGAGUGCAUCGAGAACCAAUAGUGUAGAUACAUGUCAGAGGAAACCAUCAGGACCCCCAACGAACACACCUCUGGGCAACUCCCAAGAAGUCAUCGCUUUUUCAACUAUCGUCCUAAACUAUGUGAUCCCCCGCGUUGUGAAAGAUCUGGAAUCUCAAGAUGUUGGACCCGCUCAAGCUUUUGCCGACUCACUCAGAAAAGCCGAAACUGAAGUUCCUGGAAUUGCCUUUCAAAUAGUCUCCUCAAUUCUAGAGGCCCAGUCCCCCAAACUAAACGUGAUCGAACACCUGCUGAAACUGACUGGAUCUAGUUCGAGUCCUGACUCCUACCUAUUAGCUCAAGGGGGACACUAUGCUGAGCUGGAGCAGAACGCACAUGAGGUGAAGAAGAUUUUAAGCUCACUUCCGGAGAUAGUUCUGGACAGAGUGAGGUUCCUGGAUAAUAUCAAGAAAAUAGCACUCCAUCUGAAGAAUUAUUUAGCAGCACUAGUGCACAUUGCUAAGGAACUUGAACAAAAAUAUCCUCAGAGUACUUCAAUUCAACGAAGUUUGCAGUAUCGUCGGCAGGAGUUCUCCCGCGCCUCCAGACACUUCAGCGAGCAGCUGAAGGUCUACUUCCACGACAACAGCAAAGCCCAGAACAUCUAUCCCAGUGCUCUGGCCCUAAUUGCCAGUAAUGUCCAGUUCAGCCACAAGUUGAAAGAGUUGCUUCUACAGCUCAGCAGCGGUAACAGUGCUGCGAAUGGUGCGAGAGCGUCUACCAAUGUCAUUAAAGACAACUGA